GGUUUACCCAUCCAGUUUCCAUUUGGUAUGUUCCGCGUUGACGCGGGAUAUAGUUGAAUCCGUCAGAAAGUCGAGCUGUUUACCUUCAGGAGAAUAUUAAAUUGAUUGAGGAAGAUCAUGGAGCAGAAAUAUGAGGAAGAGAUCCAGAUGCUCCAACAGGAAAUUGAAAUGCUGGAGGCUGAACAGGAGGAGACUUUACGGUCCAUUUUCAUACAGCAUGGAGAUCGACUACAAGAAGAACUAAAUUCAAUCUGUGAGGAAAGAGGAGGUGAAGGAGCACAUAAACGCGCCCUUUCAAAACUCCACACGGAAGUCCGAGACUUGGAGAAAGACCUCAGACGACAGACGGAAAUAAACGGGAUUGCUCUCAAUGAGUGUUUUGUGAAGACGUUACACAAAAGUGAAAGAAAACUUGUUCAGCAGCUCAGACUUGCAGGUCACUGCAGUGUACUGUUGUUCCAGGUUGAAUUGGCUGUGAUUGAGAUUCAGGAGGAUGAUGCUCUUCUCAGGAGAGUUACAGAGCUCAAUAUUGUUGUGGAUGGUGUUGAAUUUAAAGAUUUUUCUGCGUUUGUGUCCAGAGUGGAGGACACAAAAGAUAUUCUCCUGUUCUUCAGGACCUUGAGGACGUUCUCUGAGAGAUGUGAGGAAAGGCGUCAAACGUUUCAGCACUUUAAGGACAAGUACCCAGACGUGGUCAGCCUUCCAGAGGGAUGCAGAUCGGAGCUCAUGAUUAUACGAAGUCCUCAACUUCCCGGGAUCUCCAUGACCAUAUUCUGGAAGAUUGAUGUGUCUAAGGAAGGAGUGGUAAAACCAACGCUUGAGCUCUUGCUGAAAAUGCCAGAUCAGGCUCGAGAAUUGGACACCAAGAAAGUGAUGGAAAACGGCUCGGAUUACUUUCAGAGCCUGCUGCGGAUUCUCGGGGUGGAAGCGUCAAUCGAGGCCUUGAUCAGAACCGCGUGUUUGUGAUAAGUCAGAAAACACAAGCCAACAUUCACGUCAUCAGAACUUCAUAUCUAAUCAUUUUAUUUGAUAUAAACACCUGUACAAUCACCCAUUAGGAACUACAUAUCGAUGCCAUCUGUAAGUGUCAAUCAUUUUUACGCAUGAUAUGCCCACACUGUGUGGGCAUCGUAAAUAUACAUCAUUAGACAAGAGCUAGAAAAAUAAAUAAUUUUAAAUACAAAAUGUCUGACAGCAAAAUCCACUUUGUAUUUUCAAAUAGUUAAAUUUUAACAUUAGAUUACAUCACAGAAACUGUGAUAUUCCUUUCUCUUCUUGCUUAACAGAAUUAAUGUCCAUUCCUACCUACAUAGUGAUUAUAGAUCUUUAUUUCAUAUUUUCACCCUCAGACUCACAAUAUCUCUGGUUCAUAAGGGAAAGAUGGUGUUAAAACGAAGGCAAAAACAGCAAUGCCUGGUGUGGAGAAACUGCACUUAAUCAGAUACAAUAUAACACACGUUAAAACUGAGCAACAUGACGGUCAAACAAACGACAUUGGUUGGACAACGAAAGCGUAAGGCGUAUAAUACUUCUCUUGACACCAGUUCACAUUAAGACAAAAGGGAGUGUCAACACAGUUUGGCAAUGUUGAAUGUUCAUCCAUGUAAAUAUUCACCUGAUGAGAACUGCAUUGACGGCUUUGAGUUGAGCAAGCCGACGCAGUCAACAUCACAGUAAAAGAGGUAAACAGAAGCAUGAGUAUCACUCACACCACAGUAUUUUGUAACAGUAAUAUUUCCCAUGACAAGAAAAUUCUUUAGUUUUGAAGUCGCACAGUAAAAUUCGUAUCAACCGUCAUUGGUUUUUCGGUAGAAGGCGCUAAACUUGCACACAAUGUUAAAUCAACACCGCCAUUUCUGUGGCACAAUAUACUGCUGUUCAACUUCAUCAACUUCUGUAAAGUGCUAACGACAACUGCCAUGCUGUCCAGCUUUGGCCGACUUACAGCCAAUUAAACUGUUCUAUUAGUUCAUUUCAAAACACGAAUAAGUGUAUUAAUGUCAAACACAGUUGUAGAUGGACAGGCGCAGUCGAUUUUGCAUUUUACAGCAGUUUUUUAGCGGGGAAGUGGCGUUUGAGGUGAUAGACUAGCUUUAAAGAAGUAGUUCAUCCAAAAAUGAAAAUUCAAUCAUUAUUUACACACCUUCAUGUCGGUAUAUUCAGGUUUUUCCACAUAUUUGAAGGUCCAAUAAAAAGCACCAUAAAUGUAGUCCAUACAACUUAAAUUUUAAGUGUGUUCUUCACUCAAAACCGAAGUAGUUAUUCACUGAUGAUCUUGUUGUUCGUUCAUGCUCAACACCCAGCAGCGUUUUUGUCCAAUACGGACAAAAUGCCCGGUUAGAAUGAACUGCCGAGCUACAUAAAAAUGAUUCAGCCGUUUUGAUUAGAUUUGCAAUUGCAUGAGGGUGAUGAGUAAACAAUGGCUUAUAAUGUUUAUGUAGUGCAAACUAAUCUUUAAUAAGACACUUCGAUUUGUAUAUGGCGGUAGACGGUUACACCAGGCAAGCGUGCGUGUUAUAAAAAUACACUUUCAUUAGAGAGUAAUAUCAUUAGACUUAUAUUCAAAUUCAUAAAAUCUAAUUUCUGGAUAGUGUGACAGUGUUAGCGCAACCUCAUUCGCUAGCAUGCAACAGGUCUGUGCUUGUCAGUAUAACUGCUACUGUAGCUCGCCGUGGGUCAAUGGUUUGAGGAGCUCUAGGGAUGUAGUCUUGCUAAAAACUCAAGUACUUGUCUGCCUUUGAACUUGAACGACGACUGCUGACACGGCCAAGUUGAUGCAUGGUAAAACGUUCAUUAGGGAAAAUCGCUGUAAGCCACGUUUUGGCACUUGGAAACCACAGUAGCGCUGCUGUGUUAGAGAAACACCCAA